AUGAUUGAGACUUGGGAGGGUAAAACAUUUUAAGGACUAUUGAAUGACUUUGAACCUGCUUGCAAACGACUUUUACAGUUAUCGCAAGAGAGAGGUAUCCUUGAUGGCAAGACUGCCCUCACUAUGAAAGCCGUAAUUGCUAUCUAUCAGAGAUUAGUCAAGAAUGUAUAUACUCUCCAUGAAGAUAAAGAAAUAGAAUUCAUAAAGGAAAUUAUAUAAGAGAAGAGCAUGAUAUUAACUCAACAUUCAAUUACUGCAAAGAAUAGAAUUUCUCAAAAUGCUAAAGCUUUGAUGAGAGAUGGGAUGACAGUAUUGAUUCACGGACAUUCAUCAGUAGUUAUGCAUACCCUCAUCAAAGCAGUACAAAGAGGCAUUAAGUUUGAUGUGGUAGUGACUCAAUCAUUGAACCACUUAGGAUAAAAUGUGAAAAAGAUUUUGGAAAAUCAUAAAAUUCCAACAAAGGUCAUUCAAGAUUCAGCUAUCGCUUUAGUUAUGCCAAAAGUAGAUUGCAUUUUCGUUGGGUGUGAAGCUGUGGUUGAAAAUGGAGGUAUUAUUAAUAAGAUAGGCACCUUCACUCUAGCCUUGGUUGCUCAAACAUUUUAAAAGCCCUUCUAUGUCUUUACAGAAUCUCUGAAGUUCAUGAAAGAAUUCCCAUUGAAAUAGGAUGAUGCACUUAGGCUUGCUUCAAAUGGAAACGAAGUUGACAUUGAGAACAUCUUGAUAGAUUAUACCCCGCCUGAAUAUAUCACCUUACUAUUUACAAGUAUUGGAAUAUUUACUCCUUCUGCGGUGAGCGAUGAGCUCAUAGAAUUCUUCUCAGGUUGA